GUGCUCAGACGCGGCGAGAAUGAUACUAACCGUGUUCUUGAGCAACAAUGAACAGAUUUUAACAGAAGUUCCUAUAACACCUGAAACAACCUGUCGAGAUGUUGUUGAAUUUUGCAAGGAACCUGGAGAAGGAAGUUGCCAUUUAGCUGAAGUGUGGAGGGGAAAUGAGCGGCCCAUCCCCUUUGAUUACAUGAUGUAUGAGCACCUGCAGAAGUGGGGGCCACGGAGGGAGGAGGUGAAGUUCUUCCUUCGACACGAGGACUCUCCGACUGAGAGUAGUGAACAAGGUAGCCGUCAGACCCAAGAGCAAAGAACUCAGAGAAAUGUAAUAAAUGUAGCUGGAGAAAAACGCACUGAAAAUGGGGUUGGGAAUCAACGUGUUGAACUUACUCUCACAGAGCUCCAAGAUAUGGCAGCUAGGCAACAACAGCAAAUUGAAAAUCAGCAGCAAAUGUUGGUUGCCAAGGAACAGCGUUUACAUUUUCUAAAGCAACAGGAGCGUCGUCAGCAGCAGUCUCUUUCUGAAAAUGAAAAGCUUCAGAAAUUGAAAGAACGAGUUGAAGCCCAGGAAAACAAGCUGAAGAAAAUUCGUGCCAUGAGAGGACAAGUCGACUAUAGCAAAAUUAUGAACGGCAAUCUAUCUGCUGAAAUAGAAAGGUUCAGUGCCAUGUUCCAGGAAAAAAAGCAGGAGGUACAGACUGCAAUUCUAAGAGUUGAUCAGCUUAGCCAGCAACUGGAAGACUUAAAGAAAGGAAAACUGAAUGGGUUCCAGGCUUAUAAUGGCAAGUUAACAGGACCAGCAGCGUUGGAGUUAAAAAGACUGUACCAGGAACUACAGAUUCGUAACCAGCUGAACCAGGAACAAAAUUCAAAACUUCAGCAGCAGAAAGAACUCUUAAAUAAGCGCAAUAUGGAGGUGGCCAUGAUGGACAAGCGGAUCAGUGAGCUGCGGGAACGUCUUUAUGGAAAAAAAAUUCAGCUGAACCGUGUGAAUGGCGCAUCAUCGCCACAGUCCCCCCUGAGCACGUCCGGCAGGGUCGCCGCAGUGGGACCUUACAUCCAAGUUCCCAGCACUGGAAGUUAUCCUGUCCCAGGGGACCCCAUAAAGCCCCAGUCUCUCACGAUUGCCUCAAAUGCUGCCCAUGGAAGAUCUAAAUCAGAUGGCCGCAGUAAACCCAGAGCGACCAGCUCGUGGACAGUGUCAGACCUCGACGUCGGGCCUGACUGCGGCUCCUCGCGGCACUCUGAGAGCCCGAUUGUAAAGCCCGCUGAUGGGAACUGGCCAGCAUUAAAACAGAAUUCUAGUUCUUCAGUGAAACCAGUGCCACUGUCCAGCACGGAUUGGAAAGAGCCCAGCAUGGAGGGGACUCCGAAGCAGGGCACCAUCUCCAGCCAGCCUCUGCCCUUGUCAGCACUAGGAAACUCAGAGAAGCUGGGCAUUGAGAUUGGUCAGGUGCCACCUCCAGUUCCUGGUGCAGGCAAGCCAUUGCCUCCAAGCUACGGGACAUACCCGAGUCCUGCGCCUCUGGGUCCAGGGUCAACAAGCUCCCUGGAGAGGAGGAAGGAGAGCAGCUUGCCCAGACCCAGUGCAGUCCUGCCAAGCCGGCAAAAGCCUGCCUCACUUCCCCCGGCGGGCAGCACCCUGCAGCCGGGCUCCUCGCAACAGAUUCAGCAGAGGAUUUCUGUGCCACCAAGUCCCACAUACCCACCCACAGGGCCCCCUGCAUUUCCAACUGGAGACAGCAAGCCUGAACUUCCACUGACAGUGGCCAUUAGGCCCUUUCUGGCUGACAAAGGAUCAAGGCCACAGUCUCCAAGGAAAGGACCCCAGACAGUGAAUUCAAGUUCCAUAUAUUCCAUGUAUCUCCAGCAAGCCACGCCACCUAAGAAUUACCAGCCAGCAGUGCACAGCACCUUAAAUAAGUCAGUUAAAGCAGUGUAUGGUAAGCCUGUGUUACCGUCAGGCUCGACGUCUCCCUCGCCGUUACCGUUUCUUCACGGCUCUCUGUCUACAAGCGCACCACAGGCUCAGCCAUCGUCAGAAUGUGCUGAGAAAGAGCCAGAGCAGGAGGGCCCGGCCCCGCCUGGAGACGGCAGCACCGUGGAGAGCCUGCCACGACCACUGAGCCCCACUAAGCUCACGCCCAUUGUGCACUCGCCGCUGCGCUACCAGAGUGAUGCGGACCUGGAGGCCCUCCGCAGGAAGCUGGCCAACGCACCCCGGCCCCUGAAGAAGCGCAGCUCCAUCACAGAGCCCGAGGGCCCCGGCGGGCCCAACAUCCAAAAGCUGCUGUACCAGCGUUUCAACACCCUGGCCGGCGGCAUGGAUGGCACCCCCUUCUACCAGCCUAGCCCCUCCCAGGACUUCAUGGGCACUUUGGCUGAUGUGGACAAUGGAAACACCAACACCAAUGGAAACCUGGAAGAGUCUGCCCCUGCCCAGCCCACGGUCCCACUCCCUGACGAGCCUGUCCCCGUGUCAGAUGCCAAUGACAACGAGCUACCAUCCCCUGAGCCAGAGGAGCUCAUCUGUCCCCAGACCACCCAGCAGACUGCUGAGCCUGCAGAGGACAAUAACAACAACGUGGCUGCGGUCCCCCCCACAGAGCAGACCCCAAGCCCAGUGGCCGAGGCCCCCUCUCCAGCAGAAGAACACAUUCCUCCACCAGCUCUGCCCCCUGCCUCCCGGCCACCUGCAGCCUCCACGAGCAAACGGACGAACCUGAAGAAACCCAAUUCGGAUCGGACAGGGCAUGGUCUGAGAGUCCGGUUUAACCCCCUGGCGCUGCUCCUGGACGCUUCUCUGGAAGGAGAGUUUGAUCUGGUGCAAAGGAUCAUCUAUGAGGUGGAGGACCCCAGCAAGCCCAAUGACGAGGGCAUCACCCCGCUGCACAAUGCAGUCUGUGCCGGCCACCACCACAUCGUCAAGUUCCUGCUGGACUUCGGGGUCAAUGUGAACGCUGCUGACAGUGACGGAUGGACACCACUGCACUGUGCUGCUUCUUGCAACAGUGUUCACCUCUGCAAACAGCUGGUAGAGAGCGGGGCUGCCAUUUUCGCCUCAACCAUCAGCGACAUCGAGACCGCAGCAGACAAGUGUGAAGAGAUGGAAGAAGGCUACAUUCAGUGCUCCCAGUUUUUAUACGGGGUGCAGGAGAAGCUGGGUGUGAUGAACAAAGGCGCGGUGUACGCUCUGUGGGACUACGAGGCCCAGAACAGUGACGAGCUGUCCUUCCACGAAGGGGAUGCCAUCACCAUCCUGAGGCGCAAGGACGGGAGUGAGACCGAGUGGUGGUGGGCUCGCCUCGGGGACCGGGAGGGCUACGUGCCCAAGAACCUGCUGGGGUUGUACCCACGGAUCAAACCCCGACAGCGGACACUCGCCUGAACUUCCUUUGGAGCACCACGUGGUCUCGCCACCUACCAGGAGCCACUGAAGAGAUUAUUCUGCUGUUUCCUCGGAAAGCUAAAGCUAGAAAUGGUUUUGUUGGUGCUCACUUCAGCAGACCACAUCCACAAUGUGAAUUCCUGCAGUUUCUAGGUGAGGCCCUUUCUCCAGUUUGCCCAUAACUGGGAGAGGUACUUUUGCCUCCCAGAGGACUGAGUUUUGCCAAUUACUGUCAAUCCAAGUAAAUGCCCAGCUCUCAAAACACCCGCCCCUGUUGCCAAUAAGAAGCCCUCGAACCCUGGUUGGUUUCCAAUGGAGAACAAUGCUCUUACUGAUUUGGCCCCAAGGCUGUCAUUCCUUAUAGCGCCCCCAACCCCCAGUGAAUGCUCACAGCUGCUGUAAGGUGCCCCGCUAGAGCCCUGCCUUCCUGUUACGGAGAAGCAAAGAAGCCCCGGCCUUUCUCACCCUCCCACACAGGAUUCUUCCUUUUGUUACCAAAGGAGCCCCUGUGCGGAGACUUCUGUCCAGUGUAUGUCCCCAGAGACCGCCCUGUGUGACCCGAUUCGGGUGUUCUGCUUCCUGCUUCGGCCAUUGGUCUAGUUCUCUGGGAAGCUGGCUGUGCUGGCCUUGCAUUGCACUAGGCCACAGGCACACAGGCCCUAAGACCAAGGGGCACGCGGUCAGGAGGGUGUCGAGACGUGCCUCCCCUCUCUGCGCCCACAGUUGCUGCUGCCCUGCGAGGUUCCCAACCCUCACAGCUUGAAAUGACUCCUGCUCUGAACACGCUCAGAUGCAGAGUCCACGCUUGAGCCAGUGUGAGGCAGAGCAGGGCCCAGUGCACACAGGGCUGCUAUGUGCCAGGGUAGCAGGCGCCUGCGGGGAGCGGGGACUCAGAAGUAGCAGCUGAGGGAGAAGAGGCAGCGGCAGGAGGGCGGCCACCCUCUGCAGGCCCCCCUGCCCAUGCUGACUGGGACGCAAUAACCUUCGCCCCAAUCCCAGACUCAGAGCAAGGGAGACACUUCACUGCUGUCCGAACUGUACCUACAGGGUUUAUAAUCCAAAGUAUUUUUGACUAGACCGUUCAGAACUCCCAGACGUAUGCUGGAAAUGUUUCUCCUCAUGAAAGUACAGGCCCUUAGGCGUUGUUUUCCUGUGCGUGUCCCGUGGAUAAUUUAUAUAUGAGUCUGUGUAGUCACUGGUGCAGUGCUGUAGUUGGUCCCCUGUGAGCACCCAUUGUACAUAGCGCGGUGGCGAGAAGGGGAUACCGUCACGGAGCAGCCUCUGCCAUGGGCACGUGCCCCUGGCCGACGCCGCGAGGCCGUGUACACGUGCACAAUAAACUGCUGUCUCACUGCG